GUAUGAUGGUAGUUCGCAAGGUUCCUUAUCAAGAAACAAGCGACAACAAAACUCAGCAUGGGGAACAGACUUGCCGCUUCUUUACACACAUAUCUCGACCAUGGCUCUUUCUUUACGCGAUCAAGUUGGAAAUCUACUUACAGAAUAUUCUGAAUUGACACGAAAAUUCUUUCAAUCCUUAACUGCAAUUGCUGAAAAUUCAACCGCCAGCGAUCCUGAUCUACUUGUUAAACGUAUUAUUGAAGUUGACAAUCGAUUACAAUCUGCCCUUGAACAAAUUGAAAAGCAUCAAGCACGACAACGGCGGAUAACUAAAGUUCAAGAUGAAAUUCAAUGGCAUCAGCAAGCGUUGCUCGACCUUGUUAAACAACUCAAUACAGCUCGCGAAGGUUUAGAAGGAGACUUGACAGAAGCAUCUAGAGAACUUAAAGCUAUACGAUACGCUGAACAGUCCAAUGUGGAUUUCAAGGAUAUCCUAUCGUAUGCAUCUAAACUCGCCAAAUACACAUCCGCACCUCCUGGUUUCGAUGUGUCUAGCACAGAUGUCAAAGUAUUUGAGAAACCAUACCCUGACGAAGAACGGAUGCGACGAGGUCUUAUUUAUCGGCAGCAUGCCGGUGGUCAACAACUUGCCGGUCAAGAGGAUACAUUUGAAAGCUCGGAAAGUGAAAUGUCGGCGGAGGACGAAGCUGCUAACGCAGGAGCACGACCCCAAGCCGCCACAGAAGAAACCCCAGGCGAUCCAUUCUGGAUCCUUGAUCUUAAUCCUGAUUUACCAUCGUGAGAGAGAAAAAGAUUUUAUAUAUAAAGAACCGACCCUUUAUUCUUUUCGUCAUGUUCCGGGGAAGGAAAGUCUUCAAAGAAGAAAGAUUACGGAUGGAGCAGUUGUGGUUGUCAAUACUUUGGACGGGACACCCGAGUUCCGGAAUCUGACAACAUCACAAGACUUCAAGACUCUAAUGCUAUUUAUGGCGUGUCCCUUGUUUGUUACUGUUGUGGUUGAGAGGAAUUAUUAUCAGUUUAUUACUAAAAGAAUAAAGUUUCUUUUCUCAAAAUAGAUCGAUCCAUACUUUUACUGUGAACGUUGCUAUUA